AUGGAGCCGUGUGAUGUAAAAAGAGACUCUCCGGUGGCAGAGUCCGAAUCUAAGUAUGAGAUGCAGCAGAUUCUGAGAGUUAAGUUGGACGAUUUCAAAAGGCAAGUAAAAAUGCUUGAACGCAUGAUCCCGAAAAUUGUUGAUUCUGAGAGAAAGAAUGCUUUGCAGCUUUAUCUGGAUGGUAUGAAACCAUCUGUGGAGAGUAUAGAAGUUGUACUCGGGAAGUUUAAGGAAAAAGACUUCUCUAAAAUAGUGGAAUCUAUGAAGGAUUUGAAGUCGGCAGUUCUUGAUCGUCUUUCCUUCGAGAAGAAGAUGAUACUACAAGAUAAGAGGAAGAAUUGA